AUGAAUUAAUACUAUUUAAGGAAGAAAUUAAAAAUAAGAACAUCUAUUGAUACUCCUCUUAUUCCUAAGAUAGCAUCUUCAAAAAAUGAGUAAUCAGAAUUAUUGGAAACCAAUAGAAAACGCUAUAUUAAAGGAUUUAGUCCUUAACGAUAUCAUUUACCCUAAAUUAUUUAACCUUAGUUAAGUUAGAUAACACCAUUACGAUAAAGAGGCAAAUCUGAAAGCAUUAGAGAACAUUCUUAAGGAUUCUUAGGGCCAAAUGAUUUUGUUCGUUUGUUGCAGACUGAUCAAUAAAUGGGAUUGGAAUUUUGUUAUUUAAAUAAUUAAGGUAAUCCCUAUGAAUGGAAAGUUGUCAAUUAUGAGAAUAGAAAGAUGAAUUAAUAUAUGACGAUAAGUGGUAGAGGCAUUGUAAUUCAUCAUAGUAAUUUUGAAGAGUUUGUAUCCAUAAAACAAUUUGAAAAUGAUAGGAAAUUAUAUUAUAGAUUACAAAAAAUUGAGUUCUUUAGAAAUUAUUUAAAACAAAAGACAUUUACUAGAUGGAAAAAAUUAAGUAUUAAGAAUAAAGCUUAAUCAAUUUCUAAGGAGUUAAAAAUAAGUUUCUUGAUAUUGGAUUCCUCUCUCAAGCAACCAAUUGAAGAAGUUCAUAAAUACACUUAAAUUAUUAAGAGUUUAGUAUUUUUUACACCUACUUAAAUGAGUCCUGUAAAUCAGAGUAAAUUUAUUAGGAAAUUGUAAAGAUUAUUAAUUGAAUUCUAAUAGGAAUUAGCUAAGAAUAUUAAUUCAAUAAUGAAGAUAGUUAUUGAUGCAUCUUAAUAAUCAUUUAGUAUUUUUAAAGAAGAUCAAGAAUAUAGAUAGAAUUUGGAAUCAAUACGAAAUUCUCAAAUGGAAUAAAAGCCUCUUGGUGUAUUUAUAUUCUGUUUAUAUAUAAUUAGGAUAAUAUAACAUAGUCAAUGUAAUUCACAAUGGAAUCAAAUUUAAGAUAAUUUUAAUAGAAGUUAAUCAAAUUUACAAGAAUGAUCGAUUAUAUAUAAUUUGAGAGUAUGAUUAUGUUGAUGUACAAUUCUAUAGUUAAUUUCUUAAUGGUAAUUAAAAAUACUAAUAAACAUCUUAAAGUUGGGUAAUUAUUAUUGUUAUUCAAUAGAACAACUUAGUUUAGUUGGAUAAUUGUAGAUAUUCAUUUGUAAGAGGGUGCCAUGGUGUUUGUACCUUCUCUUUAAGGAAUAUAAGAUAUAUUUGUUGAAACAAUAGAAAAGGCUAUAGAUAUAAUUGAAUAAAGUAUUUAAUCGACUCGGAAAUAGCAAGAGUUAUAGAUUUAUGGUAUUGGUUCAAAUACAACAGAUUUGAGAUAAGAUUUGAGAGAAUAUGGUAGAUAUAAUUUAAGAUAAUUUGAUUAUGUUAAAGAACUUAGGGAAGAGCUGUAAUUUAGUUAUAAAUAGAUUGAGCAUUAUAUGGUAAAGAUUAAGAAUUUAUUGGAUGAAUUUGAAAAUAAUUAUGAUAAAUUUUUGAAUGCAGAAAUACUGAAGUUGUAAUUCUAAUUGAUUUCAGAAAUGUAAUCUGAAAUAGAGAAUAUAGAAAAUAUAGUGGAUAUUGGAUUUUUGAGAUUGAAUAUCCAACUCUUUAAAUUAUAAAUGUAAACUUUCUUUAAGAAUAAGAUUUAAGUGAUUAAUCAGAAGGUAGAUAAAGAACUUAGAGGUAGAUGUAAAGUAAUUUAAGAAACAAUUUAAGAUUGGUUGGAGAAAUUGAAAUUGAAACCAGUAACUUUGAAACAAUAUGUAAUAUAUUAAGAGAAUUAUAUGUUGAUAAAAUAAAAUUAUGAAGAAAUUGAUUAAUAAAUAGAAGAAUUACAUGUUUAUAAUAGAAUUUAUAUUAAUGAAGAUUAAACUAUUCCUAUAAAGGAUAUUUGGGAUAAGAUAGUUAGUUAAUAUUAAUUAUUUUAAUAUAAAUUUUAUGAUUUAUAAAAUCAAUAUGGAUUAGUUUAAGAUAAAUUUGAAAAGGAGUUCAGAAAAUUGACUCCAUUUUUUCAUUAGAAAGUAUUAUAAUUUUGUGAAUAAUUUGAAAACAAUAAAGACAUAAAUGAAAUAAACUCUAUUUCUUAAUUAUAUAGUUAAUUAAUAACUUUAGAAUUGGAAUAUGAAGAUUUAAAGUAGUAUUCACAUUCUUUACAAAUAGAAUAAUAUCAUAAUGAGUAAUUACAUGAGAUAAAAAAUAAAUAUGUUUAAUUUAAGUAAUUGUAAAUAGAAAUUCAUAAGAUUCACAAUUUACAAUAAGAGUGGAUGAGAGAACAUUUUCUUGAUUUAAAUCUAUUUUUUAUAAAGAAAACUUAUUAGAAUUUAUUAGAUUAAAUUGAAGAUUGUAAAAUAUUUGUUUAAGGUUAAUUGGCUGAAAUAAAGUAAGAAUUAAUGAAAGAAUUAAAAUUAUUUAAUGUAAUUGAAAUUAUUAUAAAAAUUAAAGAUUAUGAUUAGAAUAUUGUAGCUUAAGUGUGUAAGAAAGAUAAACAAUAGGAUAAAAAUUUAUUAUAAUUAAUAUUAUAAAUAUGUAAUAAUCCAUCACAUCCAGUAUUUACUACUUAAUAUUUAUAUUAAUCAGAUAUUAAUGAAUAAUAAGAUAAUUUAUAAUAAUUAUUAAUCAUUAUUCAAUAUGAAAAUUAAACAAUGAAUUCACUUAUUAAAUUAGAAGAGUUUUGGAAGAAUCAUAAAUUAAUUAUUUAAAAGGUUAAAGGAACAAAAGAUCAAUAUUCAAUUACUAAUUUAAAUUAAUUGAAUGAUUUAUUAGAUGAGAAUAUUUUGAAUAUCAAUACUAUUCUUGGUCAACCUAAUAUUGAUGAUCUAAGAAAUAGAAUUGAUUUACAAUUAAAGUAUAUAGUUUAUUUGUAAGAAUAUAUUAAUUAAUUGAUUCUCUUACAAGAUACAUAAUCUUAUUUAAAUAAUUUAUUAUCAAACUAAAUUAAUCAAAAGAAUUAAAGUAAGGAAAUUAAAUUAUAUUAAAAUUAAGAAAAAAAUUGGAAAUAAUUGAUAAGAUUAUUAUAAUAAUAAAAAAAUUUAGAAAUAUGGAUUAAAGAUGAAAAUGAAAAGAAGUAUUUAACACAAAUUCAAUAAGAUAAUUAUAAUUGUAAGAGCAUUAUUUAAUAAUUGAAUGAGUAAUUUGAAAAGAAGAAGUAUUUAUUCCCAAGAUUUAAUUUUCUUACAAAUUCUUAAUUUAAUAAAGUUAUCACUGAAAUUAAACAUCCUACUGCUAUAUAACAAUAUCUAAGUUUAUUUUUUCAAAAUAUCCAUUAAUUUGAUUAUGAUUAGAAUAAAGAUUCUAUUACAUCUUUAUAUUCAAUGGAAAAUGAUUAGAUAACUAUUAAGUAUUGUCCAAUGAAAGGAGAGAUUGAGGAUUGGUUCAAAAAUAUUGAGGAGGGAAUGAAAUAAGGAUUAAGAUAGAUUAUAAAGAAUGCACUUAAACAUGCUGAUAAUUAUUAAUAGAUAGUGUAAUAUCCAAUUUAAAUAAUUUAUAUAUGUAUGAAUAUAAAUUAUACUAUGAUGUUGGAUGAUAUUUUAUAGAAUGAUGAAAAGGAUUGGAAUGAAUUAGUAGAAUUUAAAUAAUAUGAAAUACAAGAAUAAAUAAAAUAAUUACAUUCAAUAAAAUAAUCAGUUAAGUAAUAAUUACGAUAGAUUGCAAUUAUAAUGAUAUUGAAUAAUUAAAAAAAUCUAAUUUAAGAGAUAAAUUAAUUUAAAAUUAAUAGUGAUAAAGAUUAUUUCUAUAUUAAAUAACUUAAAUAUUAUUAUGAUGAUGAAAAUAUAAUAAUUAAUUUGUUAAAUAAUAAAAUCUAAUAUUAAUUUGAAUUUUUUGGUGAUUAAUUUAAUUAUCAUUCAUGGAAAUAAUCUGAAUAAUCUAUUUUAUUUAUGAAUCAAGCAUUUUAAAUUAAUAGAUUACCACAUUUGAUAGGUCAUAAUAGUAAAUAUUAUAUUAUUACACAAUAUUCAUAAAUGUUAGGAAGAUAUUAUAAAUAAAUUUAAAUUACUAAUUAAGAUUAUGAUUUCUAAUAUAUAUUAUAAUGCAUAUAUGGAUCAAUAUAAUCAAAUUCAUUAUUGAUAAUCUCUGGAUAUUAAUAUAUAUAAUAAGAUGAUAAAUUAAUUUUGUAAACAAUAUUCAAUUAGAUUUGUAAUGCUUUAUGGUAAUAACUUUAGAUUUAAGAUUUGGAAGGGAGAUAAGUGAAAAUAUAUAAUAAACAUUUUCUAACUCUAAUAUCAGAUGUACAUUAUCCAAUCUUAUUGUUUAAGAAUAUUCAUGUCUAUUAACCAGAUAUUAUGAUCUUAUGGUAAGCACUUAUUUAAAUGAUAUAUAAUAAGGACAUAGUUGAGAUAUUGUUGAAAUUAAUAUAAACAUUAAAUAAUGUUUUUGGUACUGAUUUGUUUAAUUUUUAAAGAUUUAAUACAUUUAAUUAAGUAAUAAAAUCUUUAUAAACAAUUAAAUUAAAUGAUUUUAUGGAAGUAUUACAAUAUUAGAUGAAUAAUGAUGAUAGAUAAUUAUUUAAUUAAAUAGUGAAUGAAUAUAUUCCAAACAGAGAUGAAAAUAGAUAUCAUAUGGAAUAAUUGAAUUCAUUAUUAAAUGAUAAUAAUCUCAUUUUAGUUUAUGGUUAACCAAAUAAUGGAAAGAGUAAAUUGAUUUAGGAAUUAUUUCAAUUUAAACUUGUAAAAUAAAAUAUAAAUUAAAAUAUUCUAUUAUCAUCAACUAAAUAAAAUAAUAUUCUCUAUCUUGAAAUUGAUGCUUAUGAUGAUGAGGAAUUGUUUAUAAUUUUGUAACAUAGUUAACAUUUCAAUUUUUAUCAUUUUAUAAUAAAUGAUAAAUAGAAUAAAAUCUAUUACAGAUAAGAUAACUUUGUUUUAUUCAAUAGUUUAAUUUAUUAAAAUAGAAAUACAAUAUUUGAAAGUAAUGAUCUAUCAACAUAAGAUCCUGGAUCAUUAACUAAUUUUACACUCUUUUAUUAUGAUAAUAAUAUUUCAAAUCAUCAAUUUCUCAUUUAAGAAUUAAAAUAAUUUAUUCACAAUUUUGAAUUAUAAACUUUAUUGGCUCGUAAUUUGAUUAAUCAAAUAGAAUAAUACUAUUAAAAAUUUAUUAACUUUCCAUAUUCAAUAUAAUAUUUAUUACAAUGUUCAGCUAAGAUAUUGAGUAUCUAUUAUGAUGAAUAAUAGUAUAGUAAAUUCACAUAAUUAGAUGUAGAUAAUAUUAGUACAUAUACAAUAUACAUAAUGUUCAGUUUAAUAUUGGAUUAAGAAAAUAAAUCACUUGUAAUUGAUUCAAUUUUAAUGAUCAUUUAAGAAAGAUAAUUAGAUUAACUUUUCAAUUAGUAAUCAUCUUAUAAUAAUACAAUUUUAUAAUUUUAUUUCAGUCAAUAAGAAUUAUAUGCCAUAUAAGAAUUGUAGAGUCAUAUACUAUUUUAUGGUGAUAUUUCUUGUAAUAAGAGUAUUUUGGCUAAAUUAAAAUCAUCAAACGGUUUAUAUUUUAGUCAUCAAACUAAAUCAAUUGAAUUUUAAGAGUUCAUAGAUAAAAAGUUAAUGACAUAUAAAAAAGAUAAGUAAUUGUGUUUAUCUCCACCUUUUGGUUAGAUUUAACAUUUUAUAGUUGAGGAUAUCAAUUUAUCAAAUUAAUGUCGUAUAUUUAUUAAAUAAUUAAAUGAAUGUAAUUAUAUAUUUGAUAAGAAGAAUAAUUAUUAAUUGAAAUAUAUUAGCAAUUUUUAUUUAUUAGGAACUUCAUAGGAACGAUUAAUUUAUAAAUAUAAUCAAUUCAAACAUUUUGUUUUCAUUAAUACUAACAGAAUUCCAUUAAUUUAAAGUAUCUAUACUAAGAUAAUUAUUGAUAAGGUUAAAGAUAAACUAAAGUAAUAUUUAGAAUUAGAUUAUAUAAAUGAUGGAAUUUUGAAUUUGUAACAUAAAUUCAAAUAAAAAUGGAAUAACCAUUGGUGUUAUCAAUAUAUAUUUGAUAAUAAUACUAUUUGGCAUAGAAUCUUAAAUCCAUUAAUUGUUCUAACUGAUCCUCAAUAAUUUAUUUAUCAAUUCUAUUAAAAUAUCAUGAGAGUAAUAGGUGGAAUAUUGGAUAUUGUAGAUUUGGAAAAUUUGGAUAGAUUUGUGAAAGAUCUAAAUUUUGGUGAUUAUAGGAUUGAGAUUCCAUAUUAAUAAACAAUAGAGAUUUAUGAUGAAAUCAAAUAGAAGAAUUUUCAAAAUCUAUUUUUACAUGAAAGUCAUCUAUAAAAAAUUGUAUAUAUAAUGAGGGGAUGGUAAUAUGAUUAACAUGUUGUAAUUUAAGGUAAAAUUGGAAGUGGUAGGAAUUCCUUUAUCAGAUUAGCUUAACUUAUUAUGUAAUAUUAAUAGAAAUAUAAUGAUAUUGGAUUAGAUGAUCUAUUGUAAAAUUGGGAUUAGUAGAAUCAUAUCAUUUAUAUAACCGAAAUAAAUGAAAAUGUGUAUCAAUUCAUCUCUUAUCCUAUUUAAUAUUGUUACAACUAAUGUAUAUUGAGAAAUGAUUCUAUAUCAUUAUUACAUAUUUGUUUAUUGAUUGAGGAUAUGAAAUAAUUAGAUUAGUAUAGGAGAAUAUUAUAUAAAUGUUAGAUUAUCAGAUUAUUUGAGUGGCCUAAGAUUUUUCAAUAAGAGGUAGCUAUUUAGAUUCUUAAUGAUAGAUCUAUUGAUAAUAAACUAUUUUGCAAGGUCUUUGAAUAAUCUUAAGGAUAUAUUCAAUAAUUCAUUGAUCAUCUAUAAUUAUUCCAAACAUAGUAUUAACAAUCGAAAUCUGAAAAUUAGAGAUUAAUUAUAAUCUAUUAAAAGGUUUUAAAUAAAAUAGAAGAGGCAAAUACUGAAUUCAUUACAAUAACAGAAUAGUACAAUUAGUACAAUUAAGAACAUUAGGAUGUAAGUAAUUAAAUUAAAAUAUUAAAUAAUGAGAUAUCUAAGGAUAAAUUAGAGUUGGGAGAUAUUAAUUAAUAAAUUAAUAAAUUGAAUGAGAAUAUUAAUAAAUGUGAAUAGAAAAUUAAUAAAUAAUAAUUAUAAUUAAAUUAAUAAUUCCAAUAAUAUAGUAAAUAAAGAUUGCAACAAUUUCACAUUAUUUAAGAAUUCCCUUUUUUAUAACCAUUAUAAAUGGAAUUAAUACAUUUAGUUGAUUUACCAUAAUUGGAAUAAUAUUAGAUUGAAUAAAUUAUAUUGAAAUAUCCAAAAUCUUCAUAAUAAAUCUAAACUAUCUAUUAGAUUGCUAUAAAUAUUUGUAAAUAUUAGUAAAUUUUGAUUUAAUUAUAAAAUAAUCUUCAUAAUGAUAAAGUAGCAGUUGAGGAGAUGAAUAAUAAACAAGAAUUGAGAAUAGCAAUGAUAUAAAAAUAGGAAUAAUAAAUUGAUAUUUAUCAAUCUAAAUUACGUAUUUUGACAGAUGAAUUGGAAAAGAUAUCUAAGAUUUUUGAGGCAACAAAGAAAUGUCUGAAAUAUUUGAAUCCUUAUAAAGUUUAAUGGUAAUAGAAUAUUUUUAAUUUAUAAUAAUAAUAAAUCUAAUUAAUGGAUAUCAAUUUUGUACAAAGUAUUUGUCAAAGUUAUAAUCAAUAAAUAACAUAGAAAUUAAUUGAUAAUUUAAACUUAUAAUAUAAAUUAGAUUAUGAGAAUAUGUAAUUACUAUUAAAUUUGAAAUUUUAGAAUCAAAAGAAUAUUAUAUUAAUUAUUGAUCCUGAAAAUUUGUCUUAAGAAUAUCUUCAAUAAUAUUAUCCAACAGCCUAUGUGAUUACAUUCAAUAAUAAUAAUAUUACUGAAAUCAAAAAUAAUUAAUAAACUCAAUAAUGUUUUAUCAUAAAAGAUGUAAUUAUUAAUGAUAUAUUAAAAUCUUAAUAAUGGAGAUCAUUUAUUUAUUAGUAAUAUCAAUAAUAAUAAGAGAUUAAAAUAUAUUUAAUUUCUUAUUAAAUAAGAAAAGAGAUUAGAGCUUAAUCUUUAUUGAGAACCAUUUAUUAUAAAAAGUAAGAUAAGGAAAUUGAAUCAUAUGCAUUACUAAAUAUACUUCAAAAAGAUAAUCCUGAUACAUUUGAUAGAUUAAUAUAAUAAUAUGAUGAAGAGAAUCUAUCUUUGAUAAAUUUGGGAUACCUUUUGGAUAAUGAUCGUCCAAUAAUGGAUUCUCACUAUGAAUAACAAUUGAGUUUGUUAAUAUCCUCUUAAUUUAAUAGUAUAAUUAAUUUAGAUGUUAUUAAUCAAAUUCAAUAUCUAAUUGAUUAAUAGGAAUAAUUGAAAUAACAUAAUGGACAAUUCAAUUUUGAAAUUUAUCAUCCUUUAAUGGUGAGAUUCUUAUUAAUUUAUUAAAGUCUAUAAUAAUCUUAUGUUUUCGAUCGUCGUUAUUAUAUAACAAUGUAGUAACUAUUGGAUAAAUUAAUGUAAGUUAUGGAUUCAAUUAAAGUUGAUAGUCCUGAACGAUAUUGGAUAAUAAGUAAUUAUUUCACAUUGUAGACUAUUAAUUUGAUAGAAAAUUAAUUUAAAAUAGAACAUCAUUUAUUAAUAAAAUUCAUUUUAUUUACUUAAAUAGAUCUAAGUAAUAGAAUUAUAUCUUAAGAUUAAUACUAAUAUAUAAUAGGUUAAUAAUUACAAAAGGAUUUAAGUAAAUACCCUAAAUCCUUAAAUGUAUCAUUCAUUAAACAAGAAUAAUGGGAGGAAAUUAAAUAUAUUAUGAGUUUGUCAUCAUCAUUCGAUGAUUUGUACACUUAAAUCUAAAGAUAUCCUAAAGAUUGGUAGAAAUGGUUGGAUGAUACAUUAUCAAUGCCAAAUGAAUAUGAAGAGAAGUUAUCAAUAUUUGAGAAACUCAUUUUAAUCAAAGCAUUUAAACCAAAAGAUCUUAGAAAAUUUAUCAAUGAAUAUGUAAAGGACAGAUCAACAAAAUACUUAAAAUUAAUCAAAACUAAUAAUAAUUAAUAGACUAGUAUAAAAUAAAUCAUAUAUGUUUAAUCAUAAUUAAAUAAAUUGAUUGAAGAUAUCAAUAUACCUAUUUACAAAGGUUAACAAGAACUUAAUCAAUAAUAUUUAUUUAUUAAUCUAUCACAUUAUCCUAUGGAAUUGUAGGAAUAAAUUAUUCAGAGUAAAUACCCACAUUAUAUAAUUGAAAAUUUAGACGAAGAUAUUUUACUUGAUAAAACAUUGUUAAAUUGUUAAAAGUCAUUUCUACAAUAUAAUUAAUAAAUAAGUUAGAAUAUCAGAAAAUACAUUCCUAAAGUUGAUAAUAAUAAUACAAGCGAAAUGAAAAAACUUACUUAUAGUCUAUGUUAUAUGCAUUUUUUUAUUAUUUAAAGGAAUCUUCUAUUAAAUUUAAGAACUGAAUCUUAUACAUUAUAAGAUUUAAAUUUAAUUUUGAAAUAUAAUUUGCCAUACUUCAUUAACACUAACAUUAAUAGUAUGUUUAAAGUUAUAACUGAUGGGAUAUAUAAUGUUCCUCCUUAAGAUAUAUAGACUAUAGAAAGUAUAAUUUAUAAACAUUGUAAUUAAUAAAUAAAUACUAAAAAUUAUUAAUACUUACAUUUUCAUACACUUCCUAUUGGAAAUGAUGUAUGGUUGGAUGAGAUAAUUAAUCUUAUUCCAGAUACUUAUGAUACUUAUAGUAUUGGAUAUGGAUAUAAUAAUUUUACUAUUAAUAAUGAUUAAAAUUAAUAGAUAAUUUAGUAGUUUUCAUUAUUAACUAAUAGUACUGAGAUUAAUGUAUAUAAUCCUUAAAUCAAAUAGAUUAAAUUAGUGGAACCUCUUAGUUUAAUUAAAUUAGAAUAGAAAUUAUCUAGAAAGUAUUCAUUUUAAAAAAAUGAUUCAAAACCAUUUUCUUAAUAUUAUCGAAAAACAGCACUUAAUAUCAUGAAUAAAAAUAAAUAAAACAUUUAAUAUAUUGAUGCACUUGAUUAAUACAUUAAUAUUCAGAUAUAAAAGUAUAAUAUACUAUUAUAAGUAUUGAACCAAUAUCUCAACAGAAUUUAAGAUAAAUAAGUUAUGUAUUUUUCAGAAGAACUCUAUUAAUAUUUGUGGUUCAAACCAAAAUCUAAAUUGAUCAUUUAUAAUUUAGUAGAAAUGGUGAAUUAAAAUAUUAAUCAAUUAAGGAUAUUAAAAGAUUAACAAAAUAGAAGAUAUUUUGAUUUGAGUUAUCUUUUUAUUCCAUAAGCAUUAUUGGAAUACUUUAAAUUACAAUUUAGUCGCAAAAAUGGUCUCAAUCCUUGGAAUCUCAAUAUUUAUACAGAUAUAUCAAAAUGUACUGAUAUAAAUAAUGUAUAACAAUUAUAAUUGAAUGAUGGGUCUUAUCUACUUGGAGGAUUAGAAUGCCAAAAUUGUUAAUGGAAUUUAGAGAAACAUAAAUUAAUAGAAGUUGGCAAUUCAUUCUCUACAUCUAUUCCAUUUAUUCUCAUUUCAACUUUGGAAGGUGAACAACCAAAAAAUUUAUAAAUUCCUAUAAUUGAUGAUAAUCUGACAUUAAUGACAAUAGAUUUAUAAUCUGAUCUAGAUUAGGAUACUAUAAAUAUAAGAUAAGCCAGAAUAAUAAUAAAAGGCAGAUGA